AUGUCCGCCCUACCUAUGGCAGCUCCCCCCAAGACCCCUCUGGGUCGCUACCGCAUGCUCUCCCCUACGGCCUCCGUUCGAGUGAGCCCUCUCUGCCUCGGCGCAAUGAACUUUGGCAAUGCCUGGGAGGGUUACAUGGGAACGUGUGACCAGAAGACCGUCGAGGGCAUUCUCGACUUUUUCUACGACCAGGGCGGCAACUUCAUCGAUACCGCCAACAACUACCAAUUCGAGGAGUCCGAGGCCUGGAUUGGCGAGUGGAUGAAGAAGAGAGGCGUCCGCGACCAGAUGGUCAUCGCGACCAAGUACACCACCAACUUCAAAGCCGGACCGGGGGCCCCUAACAUUAUGGCCAACUUCACCGGCAAUGGAUCCAAGAGCUUGCACACAUCCGUCGAGGCGAGUCUUCAGAAGCUGCAAACCAGUUACAUCGACCUCCUCUAUGUGCACUGGUGGGAUUAUUCCACGUCGAUCCCAGAGCUGAUGCAGUCCCUGAACCAUCUUGUGGUGACGGGCAAGGUUCUCUACCUGGGCAUCAGUGACACUCCGGCGUGGGUUGUCAGCAAGGCAAACGAAUACGCCAGGAACCACGGCCUUCGUCAAUUCUCGGUCUACCAGGGCCGCUGGUCUGCCGCCUCUCGCGACUUCGAGCGUGAGAUCAUCCCAAUGACCAAGGCCGAAGGCAUGGGCCUGGCCCCCUGGGGUGCUCUGGGCGGCGGCGCUUUCAAGACGGAAGAGCAACGCAAGUCCCAGGAGGGCCGCAAGGUUCAGGCCAGCGAAUCGCAAAUCAAGAUCAGCCAGGUGCUGGAGAAGAUUGCCAACCGCAAGGAUACCAUCAUCACCUCCAUCGCGCUCGCAUACGUCAUGCACAAGACGCCUUACGUCUUCCCCAUCGUCGGCGGACGUACCGUCGACCAUCUGAAGCAGAAUAUCCAGGCGCUGACGCUCAACCUGAGCGACGAGGACAUCCAAGAGAUUGAGGCGGCUGUACCGUUCGACAUGGGAUUCCCUCACAACUUCCUGUGGGGAGAGAAGGCCCCGUCGGCCCCUGGAGAAGUCUGGCUGUUGAACAUGGGAGGAACCUUUGAUUACGUCCCCGAGCCCAAGGCCAUUGCGCCCAAGGAAGGACAGUAG